AUGAAGGACCGUGAGGCUGUCACUAUUCUCCACUACCCAGGCUCCAGCAAGACUAACAGUCAGUUCACCCCAGCAAGCAUGCAUGCCACCCCUGCUGGCAUUGCGCAGUCCUUCACCCUGCCUGCAGGACCCCACCUCCUGGCCAGCAUGCAGCUCCAGAAACUCAACAGCCACUACCAGAGCUUGGCCAAUGCAGCAGCCCCCACAGCAGGCCCCCCGAAGACUUAUAGCACCGCCAGCCUGGGCCCAGGCCAUCUGGCAACCUCUGGGGGCACCCUGGGUCCCGGCAUCAUUGACUUGGACCCUGUCGACGAGGAGGUCCUGAUGUCCCUGGUCGUGGAGUUGGGUCUGGACCGGGCCAACGAGCUGCCAGAGCUCUGGCUGGGUCAGAACGAGUUUGACUUCAUCUCCGACGUCUCGGCUAGCUGA